AUGUCGCAGGGAGAACAGACGGCCCCGGCUGCAAGUGGCGGGAAAGUGACAUUUCGUGUUAUUCUCACCUCGGAGAGAACGCAGCCAUUCCGAGUUAUUAGCAUCGCCGAGGAGGCACCCCUUACGGCUGUGCUGCGCUUUGCCGCGGAGGAGUUUGGCAUCGCCUCUGUAGACUCCAUGGCGGCCACAACGAAGGACGGCACCGGCAUCAACCCCGCACAGACGGCAGGGAGCGUCUUUAUGAAAUAUGGACAAGAAAUCCGUCUAAUUCCACGUGAUCGUGUAGGAGACGCCUGA